UGGUUUGGCAGGUGGAGCUGAGCCCCCCAGGACCCCCUCGAUGGACGCCCAGAGCAGCGCCGAGCUGCCGGCCCUGGACGGUUUCCCCCUGAAACACUCCAACACUCUGACCAACAGGCAACGAGGCAACGAGGUGUCAGCCCUCCCAGCCACGCUGGACACACUGUCCAUCCACCAACUUGCUGCCCAGGGGGAGCUCAUCCAGCUGAAGGAGCACCUUCGGAAAGGUGAGAACUUGGUGAACAAACCCGACGAGAGAGGUUUCACCCCCCUCAUCUGGGCCGCCGCCUUCGGGGAGAUCGAGACGGUCCGGCACCUGCUGGAGUGGGGAGCUGAUCCCCACGCCCUGGCCAAGGAGAGGGAGAGUGCCCUGUCCCUGGCCAGCAUGGGGGGGUACACGGACAUUGUCACCCUGCUGCUGGAGAGGAACGUGGACAUCAACAUCUACGACUGGAACGGUGGCACCCCCCUGCUCUACGCCGUGCGUGGGAACCACGUCAAGUGUGUGGAGGCCCUGCUGGCUCACGGCGCUGACCUGACGGAGGAGGCGGAUUCGGGCUACACCCCCAUGGACCUGGCCGUGGCCCUGGGCCACAAGAAAGUCCAACAGGUCAUCGAGAACCACAUCCUGAAGCUGUUCCAGAACAAGGGGCUGGAGUGACACGGGGCUGGCAGCCCCAGCUCUUCUCUGGGACCAGGAAAAGGGCCACGGCACGAGGCUGCAGGCAAAGGAGCACGUGGAGGAAUCCGGGAAUCCCUGCAGCUCUCCCAGGGGUGGCACAGCCCCGGUGCCUCCCGCUCAGGGACGCUCGUUCCUCGGGGCAGCAGCGCUUCUGCCCCGUCCAGGUUCAGCUGCUCCGUGAAUUCCAGGGUGGCAUUUUCAGGAUUAAAGCCUAAAGCAGCCCUGUGGA